AUGGACCGAUCCUGGAAUCGGAGCGCAAACAGCACCACGACCGGUGAACCCGGCGACGAUGAUCCAGAAGAUGACAACCAGGAGGCCUCCAACCGGAGGCGAGAGAGCGUAGCGAGCGAUUCGACGUGGAGCUACUCGGAUUGGUCACGAAGUACCUCAUGGUACUCCGGAGGAUGGCACCAGUGGCAAGGCAGCUGGAAUCCAUGGCCAAACGCUGGCCCCUCAGUCACUCCAGAACUCCCGGAGCUGAUGCCGGAGUUCGUACAAGGAUGGUUGUUGUUGCAAGAUUGCAAUCUGGAUGCCGGCGAGAGAAAUCUCGUCAUUACUGCGGCAGGAGGUGAUUUCAGCUUGAACCGGAUCAUCAAGGAGCUCCGGGCGCAGUUUCCAGAUGCAGACUUAAAGCGACGAGACACCAGCCGAAAGCACCACGGCUUCCUCGGGGCCAUUCCGGAAGAGGAUGAGGACGACUACGAGGACGCCCCCGCCGAGAUGAGCUUCAUCGCGGAGGAGGAGUUGAAUGAUGAGGGCAUGGCUCUAUGGGCCGCGGCCCGCGGCCUCCGGAGAGGCCGAAGAGGCGCUCGCAGCGAUGCAUCAGGCUCGGAGAACAUUGCGGGAGGCGGUGGCCGAAGGGACGAUUCACAGAUCAUCUGCAUGAGCUGCGGAAAGAAGGGACAUCGGAAAGCCAACUGUCCCGACGAGGUCGGGACCCACACUCGGAAGGAGCCCGAGUCAGCUCCCUUCCUAUGUUACGCAGGAGACCCCGAGCCGGCCGACCGCAUCGAGUCCGCAAUGGGGACAAGCCUUCCCACAGCAGCUGCGGUGGCCCAGGGCAAGUGUGUGGUGGACUGCGGCGCCACACGCUCCAUUGGCUCCAUCAAAGCCCUCGAGCAGCUGAUGAGCCGGAACGUCGCGAAGACCGGGAGCCCAGGCGUGAACCAGGUGGACCUCCACGACAAGCCCACGUUCAACUUCGGGAACUCCAGUGAAAAUCAAUGUGCAAGCACAGUGGAGAUGAAACUGCAGGCGGGAAGCCGUGAAGGCCGCCUGCGCAUUCAUGCUCUGGAUAUGGGACAAGGGCCCAUUCUCCUCUCCAUAGCAGCUCUCAGGGCCUUAGGGGCGAUCGUGGACUUCGAGGAGGACGUCAUGGUGCUACGCAAUGUGGAUUGUCACCGUCUCAUAGAGUUGGAACGAUCCGCCUCAGGCCAUCAGCUCUUGGAUUUGUCAUCGAAUCUUUUUGAAAAGUCGCAGCCCACCGUGCAGGCUGUGAAAGGAGAGGGACCGCAGAGCAGAUCAGGAACAGGGUUAGAUGUCAGCCAAAACAGCAUACAGCACCGCCGGGAGCCGCGACAGCUAGACAUGUCGUCGAUGACCAAUGCCCAGCUGCGAGCUCGCAUCGCGGAGUACGGGGAACAGGCCCCGUCCCGGUGGACCAAGGCCGAACUACUCCUCCGUCUGGAGGAACUCACCGGACAGAACACCUUCAGCCCAGCGCCGAAGAACCGAGCCGAGAAGACGGAGUAUCAGCGCCUCGUCCAGGACCUCAAUGGGGCCUCCAAUCGGAGGGCCGAGCUGGUGAGCUUCUGUCGCAACAACCUGCGGCUGAGCGUGGACGAGAACAUGACCAUGAACGCCUUGAAACGUCUGGCAAUGCUCCACAUCUACCAGACAAGCCGACCGGAUCCCACGGAUACGGUGGGGUUCGGAAAACACUCCACGGCCACCUACGAGGAGAUCAAGGUGCGCUACACGGAAUACGCCAGGUGGGUCGUGACGACAGCCAAAGAAUUUGCCGAAGCCGAUCCUCGACUACUACGACUUGCGGAAUGGCUGGAGAACAAUCCAGCGCAGGUGAUCCACCGCAAGGACAAGAAGUCAUCACGAUCGGAGGCCAGCAGCUCCGGCUAUGCCAGUGGGGCAGACAGUGCCAGCAGCAGCAAGAUCGAGGUGCUUGCCAAUGUGGUGGACAAGUUGCGCGAGGAGAUUGCGGACCUGAAGAAGGACCGCGAGCCACGGCGCAAGGUGAAGACCGUGGAGACGGACUCCGAGAUGAGCGAGGGCUCGUUUGCGAUGAUUCCUACGGGCAAGGGUGGGUCGAAGACUCAGGGCCCCAAGAACUAA